CAUCGAACUUGACAGAUCAUGCUCUAAAUUUGGAUAUAGUGUUGAUUUGUAGAAUAAAAAGAAGCCCUCCUUCAAAAUUGUAUGUCAAUGGCGCUUCCUAACCAAAAGGUGCAAGAAAUUAAGCAACUUAUUAAUAAUCACCUGUCACAGAGUGAUAUCCAAAGACACUUCCGUAAUGUUCUUGAUGAAGUUGUGAAAACAGAAUUUGAGGGUAGAGAAGGACAUAUUAGUGAGAAUGAGUUGAUUAGAAAACUAAAAGAAAGAGGUGUUGUUGCUAAUAUGAUGAAAGAUAUUCAAGUAGAUGGUGAAACAAAUUUACCUAAACCAAGUGGUCAUUUUCUAAGCAGGGAAAAAUCAUCAAAUCAAGUGAAGAAAGUAAAUAUAGAUCCAACAAGAAGACAUCUAUAUCUAACCAUUCAAGAAGGAAAAGCCUUUCUUGAACAUUUACAUACCAAUGAAGUUUUACCUGGUCAACAAGUCUCAUCAUAUUUCACGUUACAUGUUCAUUUCCGUACACAAAGAUUUAAAACUAAACCUAUACCUUGUGCCUGUGAACCAGCAUUUGAUGAAGGAUUUUUACUAGAACUUCACAAGGAAUCUGCAGGUGAGGCAGGAAGAAUGGCUGAUAAUACAGCUAUGUUAUCAAUGUAUGAUCCUAUACAUAUUGUAUUAAUAAAAACAGAUUCUACUGGUAAAACUUCACUUGUAGCUUCUCAUUAUUUUGAAUGGAGACCGGUUUUAACGUCUGCUCAGAGUAAAAUGAAGGUUUCUAUUGAAUUGAAAGGAACAGGUAUAGAAAAUCAAGUGCCAGUCGGUGUUUUAGUGUUACAAAUGGAAUUAUUUCCCAAACCACCUGAACCUCUACGAGAAGAAGUAUUGAGAGCACAAUUAGAACUGGAACGUCAUAGACAAUCAGACAGAAAGCGUGGCUUUUUAACAUAUAGUUCAUUAUGGUGGGAAGAAUAUCUUCAGAUUCGAGAUGCUCAUAAAAACAGAAUUGUUAAAAUAUUUGCUACUGAUGAGAAUGGUAACAAUAAACCAGUAAAUUCCUAUGUUAAACCAUUUCGUACUGGCAGAUUAAUAGAAACACCAAGACAAGCAGCACGUUUUGUGUCAUUAAUACAUAAAGAUUACCCUAAAUCUCUAGGACAAGAUAAACGUGAACAAUGGACAUGUAUUCAUUCAUUUCUAUGUAUGAAUAGAGGGGGUAUUGAAGAUCAUGCUACAUUACUAUGUAGUUUAUUAUUAGGAUUUGGUUUAGAUACGUAUGUUUGUAUUGGAACUAGUACUAAAGGAGCUACACAUGCCUGGGUAAUGACUAGAAGUGUAAAUGGUUUAGUUACAUUCUGGGAGAGUAUCAAAGGCAAUAGGUAUAUUCAUGAACCAAUAGAUCCUAAUGGUCCACCAAUGUCCAAACAAAAUCCAUCCAAAUAUCCUUACAAAACAGUUGAUUGUGUUUUUAAUCACCGAAAAUUGUAUGCUAAUAAUCAGUCUUGUAAUAAUGUUGAAGUGUGUAGAUUUAUAUUAGAAAAUGAAUCACUAUGGAAGAGUAUGUCAGAAGAUGCUAUAGCUUCUGUCUGUGGUCCAUUAGUUCAACACACCUGGCCACCAUUAUCUCCAAGUAACCUAGAUGUUCAUUUUGCUUCCAAUGAUUUAGAAGAUCAAAUUAAAGCUUUAGUUACAGAACAUAGACAGGACCAAGGGUUAACUAGUGUAUGGAAUGAUGAAUUUAGUUAUUUACUAACACCAGCUUUAGCUUCUUAUGAAACAGAACGGGUCACAGGUAUCACAUGUAAUAAUGAAGAAUUCCAAGAUGCUAUUCAGUCAUCCAUGUCUGAAGAUCAUACAUUAAAAUCAUAUCCAAUACAAUUUACACAUCGAAAUCCUAGAAAAAUAUUUACACAUUGUCUCAAUACAACAUUCUGUAAUGAGAUAAUAAAUUGUCGUGGUGAUCAAGUUAGACUUGGUGUACGUGUACGUAUUUAUUCCUAUCCUGAAUCAGCUUGUGCUACCUGGGUAAUGUUAGGUUGUAUCUAUAAAUCAGUGUUAUAA